UCAGUAAUUCAGCACCACAGUCUAGUGGACACCGCACAACACACAACGCAACGGAGGACAUCAAAUAUAUUGAAUAUAAAAUAUAUUCAAGAUAGAAUAUAAAGUUUUGACAUAGGCUUAACUAAAGUCAUCUUUCAGAGGAAAACUUCGUUGGAUAAAGAGUUUAGCCACUCUUCGCUUGCGUAAUGCUGGUGUAGGCAAAAGUGCUAUUAGGGAUGACUGAAUGCGCCCGGCGCCUGGAAUCGGGGUCUUGAUACUGUAGGCGUUAGGAGUGUUGUGGAGCUGCCGGAGAGCCCCUUCAUUAUUAAGAAGGAUGCUGGUGGGAAAUGCCUGGAGACAGAGAGGACGAGAUUUUUCGAAAGGCUCUGGAACUGCUGUCGGAUCUAUGUUCUAGGGGCGAAGUGCAAAACGAAAACUGUGUGGAUUUUAUAUACUAUUUUCGAGAUCUUGCCAGACCAAGAUACUCAGACUCAGAUGUGUCAGUGAGCCUGCUGUCUCUGGUGGUGACCACCUGUGGCCUAGCCCUUUUCGGGGUCUCACUUUUUGUCUCGUGGAAGCUGUGCUGGGUGCCAUGGCGCGACCGUGGCCUCCCCAACGGCCUGAAGGAUGGCCAGGGGGACCAGCAGCCAGUCAUGAUGGAGGUGGAUGGGGUGGAGAAUGAGUACAGUGAAGACUGUGUCAAGGAGCCUCCAGGCCUGUUAGUCCCAGAGGCAAUCAUGAAGAUCAGCCACACAUCCCCAGACAUCCCCCUGGAGGCCCAAUCCAAGCUCAAGGAGAACCAUGUCCGCCACAUCACCCGCGUGCAGCGCCAGAUCACUGAGCCCACCUCCUCUGUCCGGCACAACUCCAUCCGCCGCCAAAUGAACCUAUCCAACCCAGACUUCAACAUUGGCCAGUUCCAGAGACAGGAGUCCCUGGCCACUCUGGGCCGGAUCAAACCCGAGCUCUAUAAGCAACGCUCUGUGGACACGGACGACGGCAGGAAGACGGACAGCUGCGGCCGCAUACAUUUCAUCCUCAAGUUCGACUGUGACCUGGAGCAGCUCAUCAUCAAGAUCCACAAGGCCCAGGAUUUACCGGCCAAGGAUUUCUCAGGAACCUCUGACCCUUACGUCAAGAUCUACCUGCUCCCCGACCGCAAGACCAAGCACCAGACCAAGGUGCACCGCAAGACCCUCAACCCUGUGUUCGAUGAGGUCUUCCUGUUCCCUGUGGCCUACACUGAGCUGCCCACACGCAAACUGCACUUCAGCGUCUACGACUUUGACCGCUUCUCCCGCCACGACAUCAUUGGCCAGGUGCAGGUGGAUAACUUCCUGGACCUUGCAGACUUCCCCAGAGAGACUAAACUCUGUAGGGACAUCCAGUACGUCACCUCGGACAAUGUGGACUUGGGGGAUCUCAUGUUCUCCCUGUGUUACCUACCAACGGCUGGAAGGCUAACCAUCACAAUGAUCAAGGCUAGGAACCUCAAAGCCAUGGACAUCACUGGAGCCUCAGAUCCAUAUGUGAAGGUGUCUUUGAUGUGUGAGGGACGGAGAUUGAAGAAGAGGAAAACAUCCACCAAGCGAAACACUCUGAAUCCAGUCUACAACGAAGCCAUAGUAUUUGAUGUCCCUCCUGAGAACAUUGAUCAGAUCAGUCUCCUAAUAGCAGUGAUGGACUACGAUCGUGUAGGUCACAAUGAGGUCAUUGGAGUGUGUAGGGUGGGCAAUGAGGCGGAGAGCCUGGGCCGAGACCAUUGGAAUGAGAUUGCUGUCAUACCCCGCAAGCCCAUCGCGCACUGGCACCCCCUGGUAGAGUGGAUGGGUCAGGGAACUGCAGGUGAAAGCCAGGGCGGUUCCACCAACUCUCUGAAGACUCCUCCGUCACCAUAAAGAGAACACAGGGUGGUGAAGGAGAGGAACAGCAGAGACCCCAAGCAUCAAGAGAGGAGGAGAGAUCAGUAUGCUAGUAAUGGUAGAUGUUACACGUGGUUUCCCCAACAUAGAUUAAGCUUAGUGCUGAACUAAAAAGCAUGCUCAAUAGAAUAUCCAUUUGAAAGUGCUUACUGAUCCAGGACAGGCUUAAAACUUCUUCAGGAUUGGUGGGUCCCCUGCAGGACGGUUGAGCUAACGUAGGCUAAUGUGAUUAGCAUGAGG